AUGGUGCCCGGUCACAUAAUAUUCAACAUCGAACCCAUCGUUGGUAGCCUAACGCAAGAGCUCAUCAACAUACACCGUAUCACGCGCUCGCACGGUUACACCCGCUCCGAUCGCGGCAAUGCCGCUCAAGCCUCCCCUUCUGCUCGUCGUCUUAGCCUUCCGGCAGAUCGCAAGGGCGGUGCCCUCACUGUUGCUCCUUCCGCCUCUUUCCCUGGCCUACCGUUGUCCGGUGGUGCCGCUGCUGAGCGCGCUUCUCUUGGAAAAGGUAUACAGCGUACUGGUUCGCCCGCGAUAGAGUCAAUCCUUUCCCGUCCCUCUGUUAGGGGAAUCCCUUCCGUCACCGAGGGACCGAAACGCCAGCUCGAGGAAGUUGGUUUGGACAAAAUUACUCCCACACCUUCAAAGAAGGCCAGAGUGAAUUCUCUCAACAGCGCGGUCCUGGACUGGCCCCUUACUCGUUCUGUUCGAAGACCAGAUCACUCUUCGCGUGUGUCGUCGUCAUCUUGUUGGAUUCAUCCACCCGUUGUUCCUGCUCCGCUUCCGGGCGUUCUUCGUGUUCCCAAUGUUAUCGGUGCUUGCAAGCACCAGUGCCCCGCUUAG